AUGGCCAGAGUGCUCAGCGAGAAGCGGAAGAGGAAGCGUGAUGAGGGCGAUAAUAAGAAAGUAGCUACAGCGCCAUCAGUAUCAGGGCUGAGGAGGCGGGUCCGGGCCAGGAGAGAAGAUGAGAUCAGCGCCCCCUUUACAGAAACAUCGUCCGCGCGAGAACAGGCGCGACCUUUCCUCCUCGCCGUUGCCAGGAUGCCCAUCGACGUGCUGGACACAGCCUGGAGCGUCGGCAGGAACCGCCCCGUUAACGCAGCCCACGUCCAGGAGCUGUUACACGCAUUCAGGAGCGGCGGGCUGGAACGGCGGGCGCCGGAGAACCGGAUCACCGUCCUCUGCAGCGCCGAGGCAGUCAGCCUCAUGCAGCAGGACGGUGGCGACAUAGAGGAGCGAGAGGAGGACGACGGGGAGGGCAUCAACGAUAAUAACGAUAGUCCUUGCGAGCUCUCCUUUUUGCGCUGGGCCGAAGUGAGCGGGGGCAAGGCCGAGGUCAUGGCCGGCCAGCACCGUAUCCAGGCGCUCCGCGAGUACGUCAAGGAGACGGGCGCACCAGGCUCCGACCUGUGGUGGGCGUGCGAGCUGUACGACAAAGACCGCCUGCCGCGCGACCUGAACGUCAAGCUUCGCGUCAACAGGCGUGACCCAAGCCUGCCCGACAAUCACGGGCAGAUCUGGACGCAGCUUGCGUCCAUCGCCUGCAUAGGAGGGCAGGGAGACGGGCAGCUAGGCGGGGAGGACGCCGCCAUAGACCAGCACGUCGUCGAGGCACUCCGCCUCGGCGGCGAGAAGCAUUUCCCAACGCGGAGGCUCAUUACGUUCCUCCGCAUCGACGAGUACUGGAUUGAUGCCCUUAACGAGGUUCUCGGCGUUUUAGCCGACCUACCGUCGGACGAGCAGGUCCACAUCACGCCCGCCGACUGGGACAGGCUCUCAACUUGCCAAGCCGCCCCCAAUAUUACGAGCGUAUUCUACACAUCUGGGCAGCAGCAGGCGGGGCUUGAAGCACGUACACGGGUCGACGGGUUCCUCGCGAACAUGGACGAUCACACCUACCACCUCGUCCACGAUGCUCUCACAAACUCGCUAGUGCUCACGUUCCCCGACCUAAGGCGUAUCCUCCACUGCAAGAAGACCGAGAUCCAGAUGGCCGUCCGUGUGCUCUGCCACGUGAUCUGCUGGAUCAGUCCAGAGCAAGCCGCAGCCGUCAAUAACGUCAGGCCCAAGGAUAGGAAUAAGCCCCUCCUCCGGGAGCACCUGUCGAUGGCACUGGACGAGCUCGCCUCCCCCGAGUUCCGGGCGCCGGAGCUGCUCCCGCUCCUGGAUGAUGACGCGAUAGGCGAUGAGGGGCAGGACAGCCAAGACAGCUUAUUCGGGCAGCGCUUCAAGCACGUGGCGUGGGCGCGUCUGCUGAAGAUAGUGCGUCAGUCGACUGACAGGGAGGGCCACGCGCUGCGCCCGUUGUGGACGACGGAGUGCGCGACAAGGAGGAGCGAGCGCCAGGCCAAGGCCUCUACCCUCGUGCAGGGGUUCUGCGCCAGUCUGUUCAAGCUCGCCGGCCAGCAGGACGUCGCCACUAGACAAGCUACCCAGCAGAAGGUGGAGGGGCUCGUAAACGCCUACCUCACGCCCUACAACGGAUCUGCAGCGGCGCUGGACUGCCCUGGCGACGAGGACCAGCUGACACAGGACGCGCCCGUCAUCACCACUAAGCAGCCUGCGCGCCAGCGCUAA